CCGAAGUUAUACGGACACAAAGGUCAACCAUUUUUCCAAUCAGUUCUUAGAAUGAAUUGUGGCACUGAUGAGUGAUGCGCAGGUUCACAGCGACAAUGAUGUCGGUGCUAUUGGCGAUUAUGAAAGCAGUUGCGAAUACGAUGACGCCGUGGACGACAAUCACCAUAUUGAUGCGGACAGUUUGGUCUUAAUCGGUCCUGGUGUCAUGCUUGCUCCAGUGUGUUGUCGUUGUCGAUUGAGACUGUGACAGUGCUAUGGGGGAUAAGUUGUCACCGUCGCCGCCGUCCCAUUCUUCUUGUUGCGUACUCCAUCUCAUUGACUGUUGCGCCACUGCACGUGAGCGGAAGCAGGUAAGAAGGUCACUGCCAGGAAGGGGGCCGCAUGUGGGAUGGGUCUCGAUUGAUAGUGCCUUCGAUUUUUUGCAGAACCUGGUAGUUGGCAGCUAUACCAUCUUUGUUGUGUCAGUUUCCGAAGUGCAUGUGUUGCUCGCGGUUGUCAGAGUCGAUGGUUCUUUGUUUGUGGAUGGUACAGUUGGUGAUUGUGAUAACUAUUUGAUGCUAUUUUCAAAGGUGUCUCAUGAUGUCGCCGAUGGAGACGGUACUUUGCAGAACUGCAGCAGGGUGCGUGUUUUCGCACGAGUACGCCCUCCAAACGAGGCGGAUCAGGGGGCGCCUUGCAACGCUGUCGACUUGGACGAGGCUAGGCACUUGGUGCGCGUCGUCGGCAGUGAUGCCAUCGAGAGAGCCCAGCGGGAGAAGGAGCUGGGCCCGCCCGAAACCGCUCCCGAGAUGACCUCGCCGAGCCUAGUGGAGGCGCGCGAGUUCGCCUUCGACGGCGCCUUCGGCCCGCAGUCCUCGCAGGAGGACAUCUUCAGGGCCGUCGGUCUGCCAGCGCUGCGGGACUGCCUGGCGGGCAUCAACGGCACCAUCCUGGCCUACGGGCAGACGGG